GUCUCAAAGGUGCAUUGGAAAAAUUCCUGUUACCUUCAAUGGGACUAGACCAAAUCAAACAUGUCAUAACCUGUACUUUGACUUGGGGAGGGACUACCACCUCUGAGUUAGUGAUAUAAAGAAAAAGUAUGGCAACUGCCCCUUCAGCUUUGGGCAAAAAAUUCAAGGAAGAACUGACCUGCAGCAUCUGCCUGGAGCUGUUCACCAGGCCCAAGGUGCUGCCCUGUCAGCACACCUUCUGCCAGGACUCAGUCUACAGAACCAUGCAGGAAAGGGAGGGACUUUCAAGUGCCCAAUCUGUCGUCAGCAGGUCAGGCUGCCAAGUCAAGGGGUGCCAGGAUUACCAGACAACCACCUAGUUACAAGUCUUUGUGUUGCACUCCAAAAGCAGGCUACACUGUCAGAAAAAGCAGAACUACCUAAAGCAGAACACAGGUGCGGCAUUCACCCAUCCGAGAAAUUGAGGCUCUAUUGUAAACCAUGUCAGAUGCCUAUCUGCGAACUGUGUCUAGAGGAAGCUCAUGAUGAUCAUUACACAACAACCAUCAACAAAGCUGCGCAGGAAAGGAGGUCUACAGUCCAGGCCUUGAUCAGUGAGGGGAGGAACAUUCUGGAACGUUACUGUGGCUUCAUCAAAGGUCUUGGGGAAGAGGAGAAAACCCUGAUUAAACAGAUAGAGCAGAACAAAAACAGCAUCAUUCAGGCCUACGACGAAAGAGUGCAGAAACUUACAGAGCAAAAAGACCAGCUCUUAGCUGAAGCAGAACAGAGCCAAGGGAAAAACUUGGAAACCAUAGGAAAUGGAAGGGACAGAGUUUUGAGAGAUGUCAAUGAAUUGUCUGCUGCCUGUGAUCGAGCAGAGCAAGAAAUGGAACAGGGAGGGCUUGUAUUACUUAGUCAGGAGACUGUUUUGACAGAGGUGGUAGGAAAGUACAGAGUUAAAGCAGCACCAACUCCUGUACAGACCCAGUCUGCUGUCUUUCAGCCCACAGACACCCCAGUGCCAGUAUUGGGACAUGUGAUGCCCCAGCCACUCACAUCUGCAGCAAUCCCAACAGUACCUGCAGCCAAGGUCAGAGGUCAACACCAUGGUAACCAAAUGUUAGGGGGGCAUUGGUGCCAGAGAGUUACAUUCGGUGGAGAGGGCUCAGGAACAGGACAGUUCAAUGGUCCAAGAGCUGUGGCAGUUUCAGGUGAAGGGGAGAUUUUUGUUGUGGAUGGGGCGAACCAGAGAAUCCAAGUCUUUACCCAGCAAGGAACAUUUGUCCAACAGUUCCCAACAGUUGCAAAUGUGUCAGGUGAACAACAGAAGAUGUACCCCCAUGAUGUGGCCAUGGACGGAGAGGGAAACCUACUUGUUGUAGGGGGCACAGACUCUGCUGAGUUUGCUGUUAAGUACAACAAACAGGGCAUGAUGUUGUGGUACUUGCCCCUAUAUGUGACAAAAUGGGAAAGAGGAGUUGCUAUGGACACCAGGAGGAACCACAUCCUCAUUACACAAACGAAAGGAGGCUGGAGCAACCAACAGGGUGAAGUGAAUGUACUCAGCCAAGUUGAAGGUGUGAAACUUGUGAGAAUUGUGGGUCAGCAGCAGGGGAUGAUGUACCCACGAGGCAUCACCACAGAUGUGGAAGGGAAUAUCCUUUUGUCAGAUUGGGACAAUCACUGUGUCUUUGUGUACAAUGAAGACGGACAGUUUCUUUUUAAGUUUGGUGGUAGGGGAAGUGGUGAAGGUCAAAUGUACAAUCCCCAUGGCAUCUGCACAGACAAGGAAGGUAACAUCAUCGUGGCAGACAGUGGAAACAGCCGUGUGGAGAUGUUUGACAAGACAGGAAGAUUCCUCAAACACAUUGCCACUAACAUGGAGGCGCCACUUGCUGUUGCCAUGGCAACACAGGGUCAGCUGGUGGUGACCUUUUGGAACCACACAGUUUCUGUACUCCAGAACUAUUGAACUUGAAACCAUCUGUCAGACUGUAGACUGAUAAUUCACAAACGUUGUAAUGUUUCAGCCAUGUUGGAUUAGCAAGAAGCAAUGAUAAAGACUCUUUAGAAACAAAUUUAAGAUAACUUUGUUACAAGGAAUGGAAAGUUCUAAUCAUUAUGGUGCUUCAAAUGAAAAAUGUUCAAUGUUAAUUUACAUGUAGAUCUCCUGAGUGUAUAAUAACUACAGAGUGUGAUAUUUUACUGACAAAUAACAUUAAAGUGAAUUGAGAAACGACUUGUGGUGUUUGUGUGUCCCAGAGUUUCCUGUGAUUUGAAUGGCUGUGACAACUUUAACUUAGAUAUAUUGUCCUGCAACAAUGGAAAGAGAUUGUAAAAGUUUGAGAAAAAAUUGAAUAAUCUCUCCUUCUCAGAACUGCAUGACAAAAUUAAUAAAUACACAAUGUAGGUGCCGGAACCAGCCAAAGGAAAAGAGGCCAUUUUAUGACACAAGGCUCACACACUCACAUUCAAACUGAAGCUGUGCUCCACAUUGCAAACAGUCU